UGAUGAAAAUGAUGAGCGAAGUUGCUGUUCUAGUGCUAGUUUCAGUGGACAAUACAAUGUCCCAUCACUUUGGUUUCUCCAUUGCGUUUUGGCUUCUUGCAGGGUGUUUAUCCGUAUAAAUUCUGAACAAGCCAAUAACUUUGAAAUUCCAUCAAUCUCACAACUGAGCGGAAGAAGUGAAAGAAAAGAUCCCUACAGACGCAAUGGCACAAAAGGAAGGAGGAAUUGUCAAGAAAGGUCAUGAAGAUGGGCUGAAGAUGGCCAUAUCCCUCCUCGAUGAGUUUGAAUUGCCAAAAGGGCUACUGCCCCUGGCCGAUGUGAUUGAAGUAGGAUUUGUGAGGAGCACAGGCUAUAUGUGGAUCCAGCAAAAGAAGAAAGUGGAGCACAACUUCAAGAUGAUUAGCAAGCUUGUGAGCUAUGAUACAGAUAUAACUGGGUAUGUGGAGAAGAAGCGAAUCAAGAAGCUCAAGGGAGUGAAGGCCAAGGAGCUGAUGCUGUGGCCUCCAGUCAGUGAGAUAACCGUUGAUGAUCCACCUACUGGGAAGAUCCACUUCAAGAGUCUUGCAGGCAUCACCAAGACUUUCCCAGUUGAUGCAUUUGCUGCAGGCCAGUAAUGAAACAUCAGGCUUAUCUUGUUAUCUAGGCACAUCAAGAACUGCAUCAAGUUCCAAAUGAUGUUCUCUCAUGUCUUUGUUUCGCAUCUUCCUUCCGUGUCCUUGUUCUCAUAAAAUUUCCACAGCCGAAAGAACAAUAAUGCAGUGCUGGAGGCAAACAAUUAUAUUAGAAAUAUAUAUAUUCAUGGAACUAAUAUAAAUCAUGAUAAAAGCCAUUUGUCCUUUUACAUAAUUUUCAGAAUGUUUCAGAAACAUCUGACUAUUCCAAAUGAUGCAGAGAAGAGAUCUGUUGAAAGGCAAGGAUGCACAAGAGAAGAAAAGCCUAUUUGUACUAAAUUGAUCAUAUAAAGAACUUCUAUAUCAAAUAAUCAAUCUGGUAUAAAUACCAGGAACGAUAAAGAAUAGAAGGAAAACUUCUGCUUGUAGGAGUUUCUGGUAGAGAAAUGCAUCUGCCAAAUUGAUGUUCGCAUAUUCUGUACCAACAGCUUCAGUUUAGAACAUAGACAUCACUGCAACCAUUCAUGCAAUGCCAUCAUCAAAUA